CUCAUGAUUGCAUAAUUCCAACUUGCCCCAUGCAUCUCCUCCUCGGCAAAGCUCCUGCAACAGGAUUGUUUGGUCCCAAUAUUGCACUUGCCCAUGAUAACCAUAAUUACUUGGCUUUCAGGGCCACGCGAGAGCCAAAUGCACGUUUCACGUAAGGUUUAAUCGCAUGGAGUACUUCCAUUAUCGAUCCAUCCAUCACCGACGGGUUCAAGGAUCGGUGCAGCACCUUUACAUCGUUACAUGCAUCCUCCCUGCCUCCGCGCAUUUGAGUAGAAAGGUGGCAGCUGGAGCCCGGCCUCUUCUGCUCCCGCCCGCCCGCCCGCCUACCCGGCCAUCAUUCAUCAUUCUCGCCUCGCCCUGAAUAGCCACCUCUCUACUUCUAGUCUUAUAGCAGACGAGCCGAGGCAAGGAAGUGGCCGGAGUCCGUGACACCCUUUCGGCCUUGGCUGGGGUUCAUCGGAGGGCGGAGGAGACGCGGCCGGCCGGGGGCGAUAGAUCGGGCGCUCGAGGAGGCCGCCGUCGCUGUCGUUGGCGGGUGGGGGGAGGUGGCGGUUACGGCGAAGAAGGCCAAUAGAAAACGCGGCUGAGAGAGGGAGAUCGUGGCAGAUCUCGCCGUCGCUGUCCCGCCGCGUCGCUCCUGGAUUGCAGCCAGCCUUGGCCCGCAAUCCAUCCGCGCUCUCCGGCCACCCACCGGUGCAAGCAGGCCACCAGUAUAUAUAUACCCCGGCUUGUCCCUCCCCUCCAUCGAUCGCCCCGACCAUCCGGCGAAAGCUAGCGAGGAGCCGAGGAGUAGCUAGCUCAAGUUGCACGCUAGCUAACUCGCUCCUGGCUUCCAUCGGAGACUGAAGGCCAGCUCUUGUCUAGCUGCUGCAAGGUACUAGACGAAGGCGGGCCAGCUAGGAGUCGCUUGCUUCGAGGUGUUUGUCGGAGGAGAAGACGAGGAAGGGGGAGCAGCCAACGGUUGGCCCUGCCCUGGAGCAAAAGCAGCGCCUGACUGACUGAACUCGGUGCGCGCGCAGCUGCACGCGCGCAGGCGUGGUAAAGCACUGUUUGACAGUGUACGAAGAUGAAUGCUUUCUCCCAUGUCCCCCCUGGUUUCCGUUUCCACCCCACCGAUGAAGAACUGGUGGAUUACUACUUGAGGAAGAAGGUGCAACUGAAGAGGAUUGACUUGGACAUUAUAAAAGAUGUUGAUUUGUACAAAAUUGAGCCUUGGGAUCUACAAGAACGAUGCAAGAUUGGAACGGAAGACCAGAACGACUGGUUCUUCUUCAGCCACAAGGACAAGAAGUAUCCAACCGGCACUCGCACUAACAGAGCAACCACUGCGGGUUUCUGGAAGGCCACAGGCCGGGACAAGCCUAUCUAUGUGAAGCACUGCCUCGUGGGGAUGAGGAAGACGCUGGUUUUCUACAAGGGCCGGGCUCCCAAUGGGCAGAAGUUAGAUUGGAUCAUGCACGAGUAUCGCCUGGAGACCAACGAAAAUGGAGCUCCCCACGAUGAAGGAUGGGUGGUCUGCAAGGUGUUCAAGAAGCGAGUUGCGACGGUGCAGAGAAUGGCCACCACCGACUCGCCCUUCUGGUUCAAUCACGAACAUGUGGCGUUCAUGGCGCCUCACAUCGACUCGCCGAGGCAGGCAGUGCACCACCUCCAGAACGCGGCGUACCAUCAUGGACACCACCAGACGUACCACCACCCUUGCAAGGUGGAGCUGGAGUACCAUCACCUCCUUCCUCAGGAGCCGGCCAGCUUCCUCCAGCUCCCACAGCUAGAGAUCCCCAGGCUUCCGGACCUGAUCGGCGCCGUAGCUGCCAGUCUCCAGCCGUGCAACCAGACACAUGACGGCCAAGCUUCUCGGCAGCUUGAGAUCGAGCCGAUUUAUGUGACGGAUGCAUCCGCCGGAGAGUGGAGGGAUCUCGACAAAUUCAUGGCGUCCCAACUCAGCCACGGAGGCGCAACUCCGAAGGAGUCUAGCGGCUACGCUAAUCCGGCGCUGGCGUUUCAGGCGGAGGGGAAUCGCGAAGAGGCCUUGGAUUAUGUUUCGGCGUCUGCCUCCAGCGGAGGGGACAAUGGUUUGUGGAAAUAACGGCAUAUACACAGAGACACAGAGACACAGAAACGAAAAAUACAUACUAAUACACAUCACUGUAUGAAGCUUAAAAAUAUUGUGGUGUGAGUUGAUUAAUGUACGUAAACAUAGCUAGCGGUGUCAUUAAUUAAGCUCUAUAUAUGUACUAGUAAUAAAGUAUAACCAAAUUGGUUGUACUUACAUGCACAAUUUGGAGGUUGUAAUGUUCAUAAGGUACUACAGCCUAGGCGAUUGUAACAUUACGCUAGCUGUUAAUGCUGUGUAGUACUCCUAAAA